AUGCGGCGGGAAGAUGACCACAUCGAAUGCAACGCGCUAAAGUUCUGUCCAAAAUCUCAUCCGCAGGACUACGGCAAAACUUACUACUACUCCGGUGGUGUCUGUUCUACUUUGGAUUCCGUCGAAGACCUGAACAGAAACAGGAAUUGCUACAGGACAUUCCCACCGGUCUGCAAAACAGCCAAGCGCGAGGGGCCUCCACAGCUGCCACCAUUAGUCGGCCAACCGCACUGGACUCAGAAAUGCGGCUGGUGGCUGGACGACCCCACCAACGACUUCUGCUACCUGAUGAUCCGCCAGCCCAUCAAGACCUGGCAGGAGGCGCAAGACGACUGCCAACGCCUCCACGGGAACCUGCUCAGCAUCACCAACUAUGAUGAGCAGCGCUUUGUACAUGGUUAUGUCAGGUUUCUGCCCUCUCUGUGGUUGGGCGCCAAUGUCUCCACCACGGAAGAUGACGCCCAAUGGACUGACGGAUCCCCGUUCACUUACAUCCACUCGAGUGCAGGUGACGCCGAAGGGGGGAAGUGUCUUUCCUUAUUCACUGACAGCGGCGACUGGAAGCACGACACGUGCGACAAGAAGAGAAGCUACGUCUGCAAGAAGAUGAAAAAAGGAGUGGCAGAACUUUCGCUGUCUUCUGACGCCAGCAGGUGUGCUCCCGGAUGGCUCGAGCACGGCACCAACUGCUACAAGAAGGUGGAGGAGCCCAACGGUUGGCUGGGGGCCUGGCACCACUGCGUCUGGGAGGGCGGCAACCUGCUCUCCAUCACCACCUCGGCCGAGGAGGACUUUGUGAAGCGCACCAUGGGCGAGGACACCCGCUUCUGGCUGGGACUCUCCAACCAGAAAUGCGACAACGUCUGGUGUCGCUUUGAAGGCGGGAGCCAGAAGCUGACCUGGUCCGAUGGCCAGACAACGACAUACACCAACUGGGCCUCAAAUCAACUCGAAAGCGCCAACGUUGCGUCCUGCGCCUACGUCAACCAAGGGGGAAGGGGUGAGCCCGGCAAGUGGAGGUCUGGCUCCUGUGAUUCCUCGUUGGCCUACAUGUGCAAACGGCCGCUGAGCUGCCCGGAGGGACGGACGUGUUCCCCCAAAAGUGGUCUUGCUGUCGUGAAGACUUCCACCUGCGACAAUGGCAACCUACUGUAUGGCGAUCAUUGUUACUUUUACUCGAAGCUGUACAAAGAUUGGGAGGAUGCCGAGAAGUUCUGUGUUGCCCAGAGUGGCCACCUGGCUAGCGUCCACUCAUGGCAAGAAGCUCAAUUCGUGUUUGAUCACUCGCAAAGCGUUUGGUAUUCUUGGCUGGGACUGAAGAAGAAAAGCAACAACUAUGAGUAUAGUGACGGAACAGCUUUUGACUAUGCCGAGUGGCAGAAUGACACCACGGGGGCCUGCACAUUCCCAAAUUCUGUUGGGAAGAUCGACGGCAGCCCCUGCACAACAAAGCGGCCAUUUGUCUGCAAAACAGCCAAACGAGGAGGGCCUCAACAGCUGCCACCAUUAGUCAGCCAACAAGGUAGGUGUCUCACACUGCCGCCGUCUUCUACGCUGUGUGAUGCUGUUUUGCCCUCCUGCGCCGUCUGUCUCGCAGGCUGGACUGACAAAUGCGGCUGGUGGCCGGACGACCCCACCAACGACUUCUGCUACCUGAUGAUCCGGCAACCCACCAAGACCUGGCAGGACGCGCAAGACGACUGCCAACGCCUCCACGGGAACCUGCUCAGCAUCACCGACAACCAUGAGCAGACCUUUGUACAUGGUUAUGUCAGGUUUCUGCCCUCUCUGUGGUUGGGCGCCAAUGUCUCCACCACAGAAGAUGACGCCCAAUGGACUGACGGAUCCCCGUUCACUUACAUCCACUCGAGUGCAGGUGACGCCAAAGGGGGGAAGUGUCUUUUCUUGUUCACUGACAGCGGCGACUGGAAGCACGACACGUGCGACAAGAAGAGAAGCUACGUCUGCAAGAAGAUGAAAAAAGGAGUGGCAGAACUUUCGCUGUCUUCUGACGCCAGCAGGUGUGCUCCCGGGUGGCUCGAGCAAGGCACCAACUGCUACAAGAAGGUGGAGGAGCCCAACGGUUGGCUGGGCGCCUGGCACCACUGUGUCUGGGAGGGCGGCGACCUGCUCUCCAUCACCACCUCGGCCGAGGAGGACUUUGUGAAGCGCACCAUGGGCAAGGACACCCGCUUCUGGCUGGGACUCUCCAACCAGAAAUGCGACAACGUCUGGUGUCGCUUUGAAGGCGGGAGCCAGAAGCUGACCUGGUCCGAUGGCCAGACAACAACACACCGCAACUGGGCCUCAAAUCAACUCGAAAGCGCCAACGUUGCGUCCUGCGCCUACGUCAACCAAGGGGGAAGGGGUGAGUCCGGCAAGUGGAGGUCUGGCUCCUGUGAUUCCUCGUUGGCCUACAUGUGCAAACGGCCGCUGAGCUGCCCGAAGGGACGGACGUGUUCCCCCAAAAGUGGUCUUGCUGUCGUGAAGACUUCCACCUGCGACAAUGGCAACCUACUGUAUGGCGAUCAUUGCUACUUUUACUCGAAGCUGUACAAAGAUUGGGAGGAUGCCGAGAAGUUCUGUGUUGCCCAGAGUGGCCACCUGGCUAGCGUCCACUCAUUGCAAGAGGCUCAAUUCGUGUUUGAUCACUCGCAAAGCGUUUGGUAUUCUUGGCUGGGACUGAAGAAGAAAAACAACAACUAUGAGUAUAGUGACGGAGCAGCUUUUGACUAUGCCGAGUGGCAAAAUGACACCACGGGGGACUGCGCAUUCCCAAAUUCUGUUGGGGAGAUCGGCGGCAGCCCCUGCACAACAAAGCGGCCGUUUGUCUGCAAAACAGGCUGGACUGACAAAUGCGGCUGGUGGCUGGACGACCCCACCAACGACUUCUGCUACCUGAUGAUCCGCCAGCCCACCAAGACCUGGCAGGAGGCGCAAGCCGACUGCAAAGGCCACCAAGGGAACCUGCUCAGCAUCGCCGACUCGGACGAGCAGGGCUUCGUACGCGGUAUCGCCAAGCUUCUGGGGAUGAAUGAUGACGCCUCACUGUGGUUGGGCGCCGACGCCUCCAUCAAGCGUGACGGCGACAAGUGGACCGACGGAUCCCCUUUCUCUUACCUCCACUCGAGUGCAGGUGUCGCUGAAGGGGGGAAAUGCCUUUCCUUGCUCACUGGCAGCGGCGACUGGAAGCGCGACAAGUGCGACGAGAAGAGAGGCUACGUCUGCAAGAAAAGAGGAAAGACACAUCAGCUGCCGCCACAUGACGGCUACAAGGAGGAACUUGUCUGCCAAGACGAUUGGAAAUCCCUCGAAUGUCCCGAUGAAAGAGUCAUCCGCAUACGGUCGGCUUUCCAUGGACGGAAGCAUAGCGACGUCUGUCCGAGUGGCGGCGGAUCACGCGAUGACUGCAGGGUGGAAGGGGCUCUCCGGUACUUUAGAGGAUUGUGUGACAACUAUCAGAUUUGCUCCAUUGACCUUACGGAUACGGACUCCUGCCCUGGUGUCUCCAAAUACCUCCACGUCGUCUACAGCUGCGAGAAGAAAGUGUGUCUUGAUAGUCUGGGCAUCGCUGACGGGAGAAUCCCAGACUCUUCUUUUUCAGCCUCUUCCUCUGCGAUCAAUGCCGAACCUCACAAAGCGCGUCUGGGGGGCAGUGGUUGCUGGAGCCCCUCCGAAAUGUUCGGCAGCUGGAUCCAGGUGAACCUCGGUCAAAACUUCAAGGUGACAGGCAUUGAGACCCAGAAAUGUGCAUACCAAUUGCAAAGUUCCAGCGUAUUUAAGAUGCUGUUCAGUACUGACGGAGUGACUUGGCAUCGCCACCCAGUACAGCCUGCCUUGGGGACGUAUAUUCUAACCAGGCCCGUGUUCGCCAAGUACGUCCGCCUCCUGCCAAGGUUUUUGGGCCUACGCUUUGACGUCUUAGGGUGCACUGACGACACCGCUCGCAACAUCUUAUGCAACAGCACAGCCACCUACCUCGGCCUCAACGGUUCAAUGACGGUCCAGUGCCCACUGGGCUGCGCCCAAGCUGACUACGCGGUCUUCGGAACACGGAUCUACGACCAAGACUCAAACAUCUGUGCGGCUGCUAUUCACUCGGGCAUCAUUGAGAUUGGAGGAAAUGUGACUUUGCUGAAGAGACUGCCACAGAAAGCCUACAACGGCUCCACCUGUAACGGAAUCAUCUCGAAAGUAUAUGUUGACAAAUUGGCUACGUUUCCGUCCUUCACUUUUGCUGACAUGGAGCCGAGAUGCUCGGGACCUGACUGGGAGGAGUUUGCGGACUUCUGCUACAAACAUUUUGACACUAAGAAGUCGUGGUACGGCGCUCGACACUCCUGCUGGGGUCUCGAUGCCAAUCUGGUGUCCAUUCGCUCUGAGGCUGAGCGGGAUUGGCUGCAGGACCUCAUGAGGCUUGCCCCUGGAGACACGUGGACCGGACUGAACGACCUGGUCAAUCGCGGCAGAUUCGUGUGGUCGGACCGCCAGAAGGUGACGACCUUCACCAACUGGGCUCCUCCGGGAAAACCUACCGGCGUGAUGGAGAAUUGCGUGGCCACCUUGAGCCAGUCUGGCAAAUGGAAGAAGAUGUCCUGCAUGGAAUUUAACGGCUACGUGUGUAAGAUGCCCACAGCGCGUUAUCCGCUGGAUUUGGGAAGUGCCAAUGCAAGUUGCUAGUAUUCAUAUGAAUGCAAUUGACCUUGCAUGAUCAUUCUGCUUGGUUUACCAUGCAUUUUGAUUGACUGAUUUACCAUGCAUUAUUAUGAUUGAUUUACCAUGCAUGAGUAUUUUUGUUAGAUUUACCAUGUGUUAUUAUUCUGUUUAAGUUACCAUGCAUUCUUCUUCUUCCUCUUGACUUAACAUGUGAUAUUGUGAUUUACCAUAUUAUUUUGUUCAAUUUACCAUGCAUUAUUAUGAUUGAUUAACCAUGCAUGAGUCUUUCUGUUAGAUUUACCAUGUGUUAUCAUUCUGUUUGUUACCAUGCAUUCUUCUUAUUGACUUAACAUGUGAUAUUAUGAUUUACCAUGCAUUAUUAUUUUGUUCAAUUUACCAUGCAUUAUUAUGAUUGAUUAAUCAUGCAUUACUCUUUUUGUUAGAUUUACCAAGUUAUUAUUUUGUUUAAGUUACCAUGCAUUCUUCUUCUUUUUCUUGACUUAACAUGUGAUAUUGUGAUUUACCAUAUUAUUUUGUUCAAUUUACCAUGCAUUAUUAUGAUUGAUGAACCAUGCAGUAGUCUUUG